UUUAUACUAAAAGUUAACCCAGAAAAUUCCUCAACAUGUCCACUUCCGCUUCAUUUGGCGCCAAUGCCGUAAUUGUGGUGUUUGGAGCUUCCGGAGACCUUGCUAAGAAGAAGACUUUCCCUGCUCUUUUCGGCCUUUAUCGCGAGGGUCAACUCCCGCUGACAGUUAAGAUCAUUGGAUAUGCCCGUUCAAAGAUUGAAGAUGCUGAUUUCAAAAAGAGAAUCAGUGACAACUUCAAGCUUAGAGAUGAAGAAAAGGACAAGCCAAAGAUUGAAGAAUUCCUUAAGUUGUGUUCUUACCACCAAGGUGCAUACGAUACCGCUGAAGGAUAUGAAGAAUUAGAAAAGAUCAUAGGUGAACAUGAAAAGAAGGUUGGUACUGAAUCUCCAGAACGUCUUUUCUACUUGGCAUUGCCACCUUCAGUUUUCACUGAAGUAGCCAAGAACUUGAAGAAGUACGUUUACGCAGAAAAUGGUACUACACGUAUCAUUGUUGAAAAGCCAUUUGGUCAUGAUUUGGAUUCUUCAAGAGAACUUCAAAAGGAUUUGGCUCCACUUUUCACUGAAGAAGAAUUGUAUAGAAUUGAUCAUUAUUUGGGUAAGGAAAUGGUUAAGAAUUUACUUGUUCUUAGAUUUGGUAAUGAACUUUUAAGUGGAACUUGGAAUAAGAACCACAUUAAGUCCAUUCAAAUUUCCUUCAAGGAAGCCUUUGGUACUGAAGGUAGAGGUGGAUACUUUGACUCCAUUGGAAUUGUAAGAGAUGUUAUGCAAAACCAUUUGCUUCAAGUAUUGACUCUCUUGACCAUGGAAAGACCAGUUCUGUUUGAUCCAGAAGCUAUUAGAGAUGAAAAGGUUAAGGUUUUGAAGGCCUUCAGCCCAUUAAACACCGAUGAUAUUCUUAUUGGACAAUACACAAAGAGUGAAGAUGGUAAGAAGCCAGGAUACUUGGAUGAUGAAACUGUCAAGGGAGACUCUAAAUGUGUCACAUACGCAGCUUUAGGACUUGGUAUCAACAAUGAACGUUGGGAAGGUGUCCCAAUUGUCAUGCGUGCUGGUAAGGCAUUGGAUGAAUCUAAGGUUGAAAUCCGUAUUCAAUUCAAGCCAGUUGCUAAGGGUAUGUUUGAAGAAAUUCAAAGAAAUGAAUUGGUUAUCAGAGUACAACCAAAUGAAGCUAUUUAUAUGAAGAUUAACCUGAAGAUCCCUGGUAUCUCCACCGAAACUUCUCUUACUGAUCUUGACUUGACGUACAAGAGCAGAUACUCCAAGGAUUUCUGGAUUCCAGAAGCUUAUGAAGCCUUGAUUAGAGACUGUUUCUUGGGUAAUCACUCCAACUUUGUCAGAGAUGAUGAAUUGGAUGUUUCAUGGAAGUUGUUUACUCCUUUAUUGAACUUUAUUGAGUCUGAUAAGGCCCCAGUUCCUGAAGGCUAUGCUUAUGGAUCAAAGGGUCCAAAGGGUUUAAGAGCAUUCUUGAACAAGCACGGCUAUGUUUUCGCUGAUGAAGGUACAUACCAGUGGCCAUUGACCACUCCAAAUGUUAAGGGUAAGAUGUAAAGAUGUAAAGAAAAUUUAUGUGAAUAAAAAUUUAUGUAUUCAAGAACUUGUAGAUCUAU